UACAAUAUAUUCAGAAAAGCUCAUUUCUGCUUUCCUUAGCUAUAAUCUAUUGCUUCCUAAUCAUGGGUAGUUUGGAAGUUGAGAAGAAAACCAUAGGCUGGGCUGCCAAAGAUCCUUCCGGUGUUCUGUCACCCUAUUCCUACACUCUCAGAAAGACAGGCCCUGAAGAUGUUGAAAUCAAGGUGUUGUGCUGUGGACUCUGUCAUACUGAUCUUCACCAGGUCAAGAAUGAUCUUGGCAUGUCCAAUUACCCCAUGGUUCCUGGACAUGAAGUGGUUGGUGAAGUUGUGGAGGUUGGAUCCAAUGUCGCCAAGUUCAAUGUGGGAGACACUGUUGGAGUAGGCGUGCUCGUCGGAUGUUGCAGGAGCUGCCGCCCUUGCAACCAAGACAUUGAGCAAUACUGCAAUAAUAGGAUCUGGAGCUACAAUGAUGUCUACUCUGAUGGCAAACCUACCCAAGGCGGAUUUGCUACUUCUAUGAUUGUUGAUCAAAAGUUUGUGGUAAAAAUUCCAGAUGGUAUGUCACCAGAACAGGCAGCACCUCUUUUAUGUGCAGGGUUGACAGUGUACAGCCCAUUGAACCAUUUUGGAUUGAAACAAAGUGGAUUAAGAGGAGGCAUUUUGGGAUUGGGAGGAGUGGGACAUAUGGGAGUGAAGAUAGCAAAGGCGAUGGGGCAUCAUAUUACUGUUAUUAGCUCUUCUGACAGGAAGAAAGAGGAGGCCUUGGAACAUCUUGGCGCGGAUGAGUACCUCGUUAGCUCGGACACCACACGGAUGCAAGAGGCUGCUGAUUCACUUGACUACAUCAUUGACACUAUCCCUGUGUUCCACCCUCUUGAGCCUUAUAUUUCUCUCCUCAAACUGGAUGGCAAAUUAAUCUUGAUGGGGGUUAUCAAUACCCCCAUGCAGUUUAUCACCCCCAUGGUUAUGCUCGGGAGGAAGACAAUCACUGGAAGCUUCAUUGGGAGCAUGAAGGAAACAGAGGAAGUGCUUGAGUUCUGCAAAGAAAAAGGGCUGACUUCCCAGAUUGAGGUGGUGAAAAUGGAUUAUGUCAACACUGCCAUGGAGAGGUUGGAGAAAAAUGAUGUCAGGUACAGAUUUGUGGUCGAUGUUGCUGGAAGCAAGAUUGACCAGUAAUAACAUCAAGAAAAGAAAACUGACAUGGUUCACCAAACAAGACUAGAUAAUGUAAUGAAAGUGACCAAUUCUGAAUCAUUUUGUGAGAAGUUACAUACUUUGUUUGUUCUUGUGUCUUUUCUAUUGUAUUUUGUGAUCAAGAGUCACAGUUCUGUCUUUCAAUGUCCUUUAUAAUGUAAUGGAUUUCUAAAAGAAGACUUUGAAGAAGUUGUUUGUACUUAUUUUUCAUCA